UCCGUAUGAUGGAUCACAUUCAAGCCUCCUUUUCAUUCCAUGGAUGAUUAACUGGACACAAUGGCAAUGCAAGUAAGUAAGCAUGGGCUUAUCUCGGGAGCCGUGACUAAUGGCGGGAUUUUCAUGAGUAAACUUUGACUGUCCAACUGUCAACUGAUAAGCUUGCAUCCCGAACCUCCAGGGAUGACGCAUUGAUAGAUAGUCUUGUCUGCCCGAUCCGGGAACCCUGGCUCGGACUUUUUUGCAUGGUACUAUCUUCCUUUCCCUAUCUUUGGGGAGCGCCUUUUUUUUUUCUUCCCCCUUCCGUUUUUCUCAUAGUGUCUCCGGAUGUCGUGUAUCAUGCCCUCUUUAGCUUGUCUUGCGCGAAGUGGCUGUGGUGGUCUUGUGGCACUAGUUUCUUUCUCGAUCCAGGCCACGUCACAUUGCUUUUUCUCCAAGAAGGAUGCGCCUGACGAUCUGCUCGAUGGAUGCAAGACAGAUGAUAGAAGAAUGAUGGCUCAUAAUGGGCUUGUUACUGAUCAAAUCGAUAGGUGUUGGUGGCCAUGGUGAGGCGAUAGUAGACUUAGUAGUGACUUACUGUAGACAGGAAACAAUGAUGAUUCCAAAGAAAGAAAGAAGUCCGGCAUGACUCGAGACCCGUGAUCCGGGAAUUCAAGUCACGCUUUGGUCGGCGAUGAUUAUCGCGUGGGUUGAUUCUUUUCUGCAUUGACUUCCUUCAUUGGAAGGAGAGUAUCGAGUGCACGCACGCCUUGUAUUCCCUUCUUGUUUCCACCCCCGGCCAUCCAUCUUACUCUGGGCUCAUCACUUUAUCAUUCUACCUAGCUAACUAUCGACUAGCAGUUAGUUUCCCUCCUUCCGAACUCUAAGGACUAUACUAGAUUCCGCUCUCCUCACUCUAAACCCCCACUCCUUAACGGCUUUGUGACUCUCUUUCGCCAGGUUCCUCUCUGUCGGAGCCGGCCUAUGGGGCCGUUGCCACGCUCUUGGAGAACCCCGGCCAUUCAUUCAUCCUCUCAAGCUUCUCCUUUGGGUGACUGGGGCCCUCUAGGCUGGUACUUUGUACCAUGGUCGACUUGAUUCCUCGGGUGCACUUUCUUUUUCGUAUGCUCGUUCCUUUUGCUUAGAUGCCCGCUAGGAGCAUGUGGUCCCAUGUUCGGAAUUGAUUGUUAUCACUGUG